CCUAUCUAUUAUGACCAUUAUAAUAUUUUACAUAUUUUUAAGUAGAUGAAAUAAUGUUAGUACUUAAGUACGUUUAAUAAUUAUUAGUUAUAGUUUAUUGUAAAAUUUUUCAUAUAAUAAAUUAAUGUAGUGUUUUCACUGAGAUGACAUCUGUUAAGCCUUUGCAAUUGACUUUAGCCAUCAUGAAACCUCAUGUGGUGUCCUGUCCAUUUUCUUUACUUGAUAUUAGGCGAACAAUACUGGACAAUGGUUUUUACGUUGUACGUUCAAAACGCCAAACUAUUAAACUAGAACAGGCAAAACAAUUUUAUAGUGAGCAUAAAGCAAAGUUCUUUUAUAACAGACUCAUUACAUUCAUGACAAGUGGACCGUCAGAAGCAUAUAUAUUGGCUAGAGAAGAUGCAAUUUCAGUUUGGCGUCAUUUAAUGGGCCCAACUAAAGUUUUCCAAUGCCAGCUGAGUAAUCCUGAUUCUAUAAGAGCUAAACAUGGACUAACAGAUACUAGAAAUGCUACACACGGAUCUGAUUCUGAUGAAUCAGUUCGCCAAGAAGUCAGCAUAAUGGUGCCACAAUUUUGCUUUGAGCAUUGGAAACAAACUGAAGAACCUAUGUUUAGGGAUGGAAAAGUACAGUUUAAUGAUCAACAAUUUAUUCAUUUUGUACAUAAAAGCUAGACCAUUUAUUUUCAUAUUAUGAUGAGGAUAAUAUUAAAAUAAUGCCAAAUCAACAAAAAUUAUUGUUAUUUGUUGGCUAUGUUGUUUACCAAUUGGUGUAAUAAUGAUUUUACUGUAUUAGGUAUAUUAUUUAAACAAACCAAAUAUUAGUAAAAGACUUAUUGUGUACAUUUUAUUUUGUGUUAAAAAGUAUGUAUGAGUUUUAUUAAUAAACUAAUUGCAUUAUAUAAUCUUGUACAA